UCAUUCUCCUUACUUUAUCUCAUCACUACCAUUUCACAUCAUUACAAGGAAUAGGAUGAGUACAGUACAGUAAGAUAUUUUGAGAGAGAGAGAGAGAGACUGUGUUCCCAUAACUUCUAUUACAACAUAUUGUUAUAGUUGUUGUAUUUUAUUAUUAGUUAUUGUUAAUCUCUCACUGUGUCUAUAAAUUAAACUUUAUGACAGGUAUGUAUGUAUCGGAAAAAGCAUAGUGUAUCUAGGGUUCAGUACUAUCCACAGUUUCAGGCAUCCACUAAGGAUCUCGGAACACAUCCCCCGCACACAAGGCAGGAGAGGACUUCUGUAUAGUUGUUGGAACAUGGAUGGAGCUGACUAGAAUCAAAUGUAUUAUUUCAGCGCUUUGCAAAGAUUUUCAUUGGCUGUCUUGCAGCAGUUACUAGUGGUAUGAUGUAUGCUCUCUAUUUAUCAGCAUACCAUGAACGGAAAUUCUGGUUUUCCAACAGGCAGGAGCUUGAACGAGAAAUCACAUUUCAAGGUGACAGUGCCAUUUAUUACUCUUAUUAUAAAGAUAUGUUAAAAGCGCCCUCAUUUGAAAGAGGUGUUUAUGAAUUGACACACAAUAACAAAACUGUAUCUCUGAAGACUAUAAAUGCAGUGCAGCAAAUGUCUCUAUAUCCAGAACUCAUCGCCAGUGUUUUAUAUCAAGCAACUGGUAGCAAUGAGAUUAUUGAGCCAGUAUAUUUCUACAUUGGCAUUGUUUUUGGAUUGCAAGGAAUAUAUGUUACUGCUUUAUUUGUUACAAGUUGGCUUAUGAGUGGAACAUGGCUAGCAGGAAUGCUUACUGUUGCAUGGUUCAUUAUUAACAGGGUAGAUACAACAAGAAUUGAAUACUCCAUUCCUUUAAGAGAAAACUGGGCACUACCAUAUUUCGCAUGCCAAAUCGCUGCACUUACAGGCUAUUUAAAAAGCAACUUAAAUACUUAUGGAGAGAGGUUUUGCUGCUUGUUGAUGAGCGCUUCAACUUACACGUUUAUGAUGAUGUGGGAGUACAGCCACUAUCUCUUAUUUCUUCAGGCGGCAUCUCUGUUCUUGCUAGAUAGCUUUUCACUGGAGCAAAGUGACAAGGUUCAUGAAGUUUAUAAAAUCUAUAUAUUUUCUCUCUUUCUGGGAUAUUUACUGCAGUUUGAGAAUUCAGCUUUAUUGGUAUCUCCUUUAUUAAGUUUAGUAGUGGCCUUAAUACUUGCUAAGUGCCUUCAGCUGAAUGUGAAGAAAGGAACUUGUAUAGCUAAAAUAAUGAAAGUGAUUAAUUUUUACUUGGUGUGUACUCUGACAGUGACACUGAAUAUUAUAAUGAAGAUGUUUGUCCCACACAAAGAAAAUGGGCACAUGCUGAAAUUCCUUGAAGUAAAAUUUGGACUAAAUAUGACUAAGAAUUUUACAAUGAAUUGGCUCCUAUGUCAAGAAUCCCUGCAGGCACCAUCUCAAGAUUUUUUUUUGCGAUUGACACAGUCUUCUUUAUUACCCUUCUAUAUUUUAGUGUUAAUUAUUUGUUUUCUUUCUAUGAUGCAAGUUAUUUUUAGGAGAAUUAAAGGCAAGUCCUUGAAAGAAACUAUUACUCUUGAAGAUGGACGAAUUGGAGGAAGGCCAGAAAUAAUUUAUCAUGUGAUUCACACUAUUUUAUUGGGCUCUCUUGCAAUGGUUAUAGAAGGCUUGAAAUACUUGUGGACUCCUUAUGUGUGUAUGUUAGCAGCAUUUGGUGUAUGUUCUCCUGAACUUUGGGUGACACUUUUCAAGUGGCUUCGAUUACGAACUGUACACCCCGUGUUGUUGGCUCUUAUUCUGAGUAUGGCUGUUCCCACUAUAAUAGGUCUCAGCUUAUGGAAAGAGUUUUUUCCAAGAUUAAUGACAGAAUUAAUGGAACUGCAAGAAUUUUAUGACCCAGACACAGUGGAACUUAUGACCUGGAUAAAAAGGCAAGCUCCAGUUGCAGCUGUGUUUGCAGGGAGUCCACAGUUAAUGGGCGCGAUUAAGUUAUGCACUGGAUGGAUGGUGACCAGCUUGCCUCUUUACAAUGAUGAUGAUCUUCUCAGGAGAAAUGAAAACAUCUAUCAAAUCUAUUCAAAGCGAUCUGCUGAGGAUAUUUAUAAAAUACUGACAUCCUACAAGGCUAAUUACCUAAUUGUAGAGGAUGCUAUCUGCAAUGAGGUGGGAACCAUGAGAGGCUGUAGGGUUAAAGAUUUAUUAGACAUUGCAAAUGGCCAUGUGGUUUGCGAAGAAGGUGACAAGUUAACCUACUCAAAAUAUGGGCGAUUUUGUCAUGAGGUCAAAAUUAACUAUUCUCCAUAUGUGAAUUAUUUCACUAGAGUAUACUGGAACAGAUCCUACUUUGUAUAUAAAAUCAACACUGUGAUAUCCUUUCAGUCUUGAAAGAUAGCAGAGCCUUCAUUUCAAAGACUUCCAUCACUUGAAAUAAAAUGUGAUUUUCUUCUUACCUACAUGGUGUCUUCUAGAAAUCAGAGUAUGGACAUUUGAAAUGUUGCUGCUGCUUUUUCCCUCCUGCUGUUAACUGGAUUCAGAGUUCUGCAGGGAAUAGAACAUCAAGCAUUACUGUCCUUUGGUAAAAUGUCAAAUCUACCACUCUGUAAUAUUCUGGUCAGGUGUUUUCCUUAUAUAACGUUACAUGGUCUUUAAAGACUUUAUCUUCUCAACUGUUACAAAAUUGUCCUCAUAAAUCUUCAUUCUGUCAUAACAUAGGUCUUGAAUUUGAAUAUGUUCAAGGUCAGAGUAUAUUUCUCAAACAUAACAUUUAAUAAAUAUGUCAUUUAAUGUCAUAUAAUUAUAGACUAGAAGGAAGGAGCUCUACUUACCCUCAAGACAGUUUCUGAAGGUAUUUCGUGGUGUAUAAUAGAAUUGAAAUAUUAUGAUAUUAAUUUAAAUGUUAGCUGAAAAUAUGUGACAUUUAAAUUAAAAUUUGUUAACUGUAUAAAGGAAUGUGAUUUUGAAGGAUAUACAUAAAGGUAUAUCCAGAUUUUCCAUGAUUUGCUUUCAUCAUCUGCUGCUUAUAUAACUGUGUACUUUCUUAGUAAAAUAUAGUACAUGGUAUUGCAUUUUAUUAUUUUACAACUAUUAAGUGGUUAACUUUUUUCACUUAUGCCCAUAAAUUUAAUACCAAUUUAAUCAUGAUAAAACAGUAACUCUUGUUACCUAAAUAUUUUUUAAAACAGAUAUUUAAAAGAAUGUUGUUCAGGUUUUUAAAAGAUAUGGAAUGGGGUAUACAGUCUAUUCACAUAUUUUAUACUGAAGUAUUAAGUGAAAAAUUAAAUCUUUAUCAGAAUAAGAACAUUCUGAUAUUAAUGACUAAAAUGACAUAACACUAAAAUGAACAAUUCCUGGAGAUGGGGCAGAUGCUACUAAAAAUACUUAUGCAUACAGGUAUGUUUAUUAUAAAACACAAAUGCUAUUAUUUAUGAAACUAUGGUACAGUCUUCAACAUUAAGAACAAAAUGACAAGAACAAAAUGACAAUUAUUAUAAAAUUCACAACACAGUUUCACAACCUAAAUGCUACGUUCCUUUAGGUUAAGUGUUUUCAUAUUUUUAGUUAUUUAUUAAAAGAAAUUCUUAAAUGAUUAGUUGGGCUGUAUAAAGAGAUUUGGGAUAGAUGUAUCAUUUUAAUAAGACAGGAUGCAUGUUUAAUUUUACCUUAUACAUGUUUAGUGAGCAGAUUUUUAAAAUUUUCACCUGUUAGAGUGCUGUAAAAAUUACAAUUUCAGCACUCUAAAUUACUACAUUAGAAGGGAACAUCUUUUUGUUAACUUUAUUUACUAUUUUAUAUAUAUAUAUAUUUUUUUUUAAAGUACAAAAGCACAUGCAUUCUUAGAUUAGCUCUAGGAUGUUUUGCUUUAUUGGAGCUUCAGAAUAAUUGUUUGAUGGCAGUGUCAUAUAUCUGGUGCACUAGUUUUAUUGGUUCUCAUUUCAUGCUUUUUAUAUAGUUUUUAACCAUUAUAUUAACAUAGUUAAAGGCAGGGCAUUUCAGGUUCUCUAUACAUCUUAAUAGUGAGUCACUAGUAUUUAGCUUCAAGCCUUAUGAAAACAUUACUGUGGGGACGCCUGGGUGGCGUCUGCUUUUGGCUCAGGUCGUGAUCCCAGGGUCCUGGGAUCGAGCCCCACGUCGGGCUCCCUGCUGAUCAGGGAGUGUGCUUCUUCCUCUCUCUCUGCCUCUCCCCCUGCUUAUGCUCUCUCUCUCUCUCAAAUAAAUAAAUAAAAUCUUAAAAAGAAAAAUAUUACCGUGGUUACCUAAGUGUACAGCAAAUAGUCACCUGGUAGUCCUUGUGAUCAGAGCAUGUAAAACAAUGCAAUUUCAAAGUCAGCUUGCAUAUUUUGAAAAGAAAAUAGAAUAACCUAUGUGGCAUGAAAUAUUUAAUUGAAUUUUUAUUGAUUUAUAUUAUGAUCAAAUGUGCUGAAUUAUUUUUGAUGUGUGUUUUUUGUUUUUAGCUUUUGACAUAUACAUAUUAGUUGCUUUUGCUUCUGUCAACUUAUUUCUUAAAUAGAUUUGGAGAAACUUUUUUUAAAUGAUAAAUAUUCAGCAUCAGUUGAAAAGGAAAGUGUAAGCUUUAUUAUAGAAGUGAUAAUAUUGGAUAUGAGAGAUUAGCUUACUUCUAUUUUAACUGUAGUUAAAACAGUAGUAGUAGAAAACUGAGUGAGGAGCAUUUAAUUUUCUCGCUUAUUUGUAGAGUAACAAAUGAUUAAAAAUUAUGUAAGUAAUUCCAUUUGGGUAAUUUACAGUUGUUAGAUUUGACAAUAAAAAUCCAUGAAAGGAGCAAAGUUUAUGGUUUUAGGAUGGAAGGAAUUUCUCAAAGAAAUACAAAACAUACUUUGCCCUUGAUGUUGCAGAACCAUUGAAAUAAGUGCCUUAACUUCUGUUUACUUUUUAUUUUUCAAACAAAUAUUAUGGACUUUUUUCCAUUCUGUAAGAAGAUUUUGGUGUCUUUUUCCUCAUCAUUAAGCACAGAGGAAGACUCCUCACUAUGCUAUUUUCAGUAUUAACUUUAAUUCAUUCAUAAGCAAAUCUUUGGUAAGGGUACCAGUGGGAUUUCUAACCUGCUAAAUUUAUUGAGCUUCCCAAAUGCCAAACAGUCCAACAAAUAAAACUUAAUUGAUAAGGUAUAUGAUAUUGACUCUGUGCUGGUUUAUAUUUUUUUCCAACUUUGGCGCCUAUAACUUGGUGCUUUUUGUUAGACCAGUAGGAUUUUACAGCCUAGGGAGUAUGCAUUGUACUUCAGAACUAACUUUUUUCUUCAUUGCUUUUUGUGUACAUAAACAAGGAUAGACAUAUAUAAAAACAGCAUGUUUUUUCAGGACAUUAACCCAAACCGCCAGUAGCCUCACUGUUUUGGCCCUCUUCCAUGUACUCCAGAUCGACUCAAGGAGAAGCAGAAAUGGAGGUCAAAGUGUGUUACAAGUUGGGGCUGGAAAAUAUGCUUUAAAAAAGUAGGUUAUUAAUUUCUUGAAGGGCACAGUGAAUAGCCAUCUUACUAAACUGUUUUGUUUUUGAAAAAUCACUUGUUUUUUUGUCCUUUCUGUUUUUGAACUGUUAAAACAUUUUAUUGCCUUUAGUGGAUAGAUAAAAGUAGUGCCUCUCUUUAUAAAAUUGAUGGGGUUUCUAAAAGUUCUAUGUAAGUCAAUCUUUUUGGUAAAUUUAUUUUAAAUGCAUGAAUAUUUAAAGAUCACAUGUUAUGAAUUAUUCUGUAUAUUUAAGAACCUUUUGUAAAGCAAAUAACUACUUCCUAAUUUACAUCCCAAUAUAUUCUUUCUUCAUUUGUCCACUUUUUAAAAUAUAUAGGCUCUAUUGUUGCUAUUUGCUAAUAGUUUUAGAUCCCAAUAUGUAUUGAAAUUACAAUUUUUGAAAAGUUGCAAGUAAAAUUGAACAAUUUCAUAUUAAAAUAAUAACUCAUUAUUAACUUUUUGAAUGUUUAGAGUUAACACUUUAAAUAAAAUUAGAUGUGAAACUUGCAAAGAAUAUAUUUGACUCAACUAUUUUCCAUCCAUUAAGGUUUCUAAACAUUAUACUUACUUGUUUUCUGUAAUAAAAAGGGUCAUUUAAGCACCAGAUUUGCCAAAUUUACCAUAAAGUCAUCUUUGAAUUGUUUGCUUAUGUCCCUUAGAAUUGACAACAUUUUGCCUGACCUCUGUAAUCCUGUGUGCAGUUCUAUGAGAGAUACCCUGAACAUCUGACCACAAUAUUUAGUGGAUUAAUGGUAUCAGAUAGAAACAUGCAUUCCAAACUUCUAAUCUGAAAUAUCUCAUGAAUAACUUUUUUAUAUUUUAAGUUAAUAGCUUUGUACAGCUAUUUAGCAAAGGUGAAUAUAGCUGCUUUUAUGUAUGUUGACUUCUGAAUCAUAUCUGUAACCAUGUAUAACAGAUUAAAUGUGUUCCUCCUGUACUAAAGUUCUGUCUUUGCAAAAGAAUAAAAGUUAAUUUCAAUAAAUAUAAAUCCUUUAAGAGUUGGGUUAUAAACUAGUUUACUUCAGAUUUUGUAACAUUAAAUGUACUUUUAUCAAGAAUGAAAUUAUUUAUUUCAUGCUUAAUUACACUGCUUAUUUUGUUUCUAUAAUAAAACUUUUUAGAAUUUUAAA